GUAUGCGAAACAUGUUUACUCGGCUAGGAACAAGAAGAAAUGCGGCAAUUGUUAUUCCGGGCCGAGAAUCCGAAGGAGAAAAUGCUAAAUUAUUCCUUUGAGCCAUGAUUUUGGCCAGUGGCCAAGUUCUUAUUCCUCGAACCCUGUGGACUUCUGAAUAUUCUUACCGUAAAAGAAUGGACUACUACGCCGGAAAGAUCGUCGUCGUGACAGGUGCUGCUCAUGGAAUCGGAAGCGCCCUGGCCACGGAAUACGCAAAAGCUGGUGCCCGUGUCGUAUUAGCAGAUAUCGAUGAGAAGCCUCAAAGCUCCGUGGCUGAGAUGCUGCGCCGCGCCGGGUUGGAUGCCAGGGCAUACUACUGCGACGUUGGCAGCGACGACAGCGUCCGCGAAUUCGCUGCUGCAGUGCAGGCAGAUAUUGGCGUUCCGGACAUAGUGCAUAACAACGCCGUCUUGAUUCGGUCUGGUGGCAUUCUCGAUCUGGACAUGGCAAGCCUCCAGCUACAGAUGAACGUCAACAUCUGUGGCUACAUCCGCGUCGUCAAGGGCUUUCUCCCCGAGAUGAUACAGCGCGGCAGCGGACAUAUCGUCAACACAGCGUCCCCGAACGGGACCUUCCCCGCUGCUAUAGUUGCACAGAACCUUCUCCCAUACUGUCUUUGCAAGGCUGCGGCAAUCUCAAUGAGCCAGAGCAUGGCUGCGAGCCUCACUCCCUACGGCAUCAGUGUCAGCGUCGUCUUCCCCGACGUCACGUAUACGGAAACGGUCCGAGGCCUCUCUGGGUCGUCGUCUGAGGCUUUUCAUAAGGGAUUCGGUGCGUUCUUGAAGGAGAAAGGUCAGAGCGCUGAGGUCGUUGGGAAGAAUAUUGUGGACGGAGUUCGAAGCCGGGAGUUCUUUGUUAACACCUGCCCUGGGUUCGAGGAUGCAUUGGUGACGUGGGCAAAGCACAAGAUGGACCCAGCGAGGGAUUACCUGAUGGAAGCAACCAGCAAGAACAGCAUAUAAAACAUAUAAAUCUCUUUAUACAAUUUGAACAUGAU